AUCUCAACAGUGGGAGAGUUGGUAGUUGUAUGAGACGUUUAUGCUAUUGCUAUGUGCUAUUUGUGCUCCACACAUAUUUCUGGUUCCCUCAUCUUUGUCAAUAAAUGAGAAUUAUAACCUGACAUUGAGGGGUAUUUCUUCAGUUUGUAUCCCUGGUUCACACCUGUAGAAUAGUUCGUCGAUCGACUUUUUGUGUCUGAGCUAAAUGGGCGACUCCACAUCGACUGUUUCUGGCUGUCAACAGCCAAAAUGGCGGCGUCGGCAGCACAUUCUCGUGCGCUUUUCACCGACGGCGUGCGAGCGACUCUUCAUUCUUGGCCAGUUCUUCAGAUUGCGCUGGAUAACGGCUUCGGGGGCGUGUACGGGCAGCAGAAAGCCGAUUGGCUGGUGGAUGUGGUCCAGCAGUAUUUCCACGACAAUGCUGACCUGCAGCAGGAUGAAGUUGAAGACUUCCUCUGCACGCUCAUGGAUCAAGAGUUUGAUACCGUGGUAGAAGAUGGGAGUUUACCUCAGGUGUGUUUGCGACUGAUUCAGAUGUUCAGUCAGUGGCAGCAGGGGGCGCUGCAGCAACUGUCUCACUCCAUCCAAUUGCUGACGCACAAGCAAACGGCCAGGGUCAAGGUCACGGCGCCCCCCGACUCGGAUUCGGACGGCGACGAACAAACGCAGGCGAUGGAAUUUGAAAACGCGACAGACAGCGCUAGCGAUCAACAGAUUAGAGGUGCUCCUCAGGAGGACCAAGACGGAUGGACGCUCGUCGGAAAGAGAAAGUGAAGCCCGCUUUGGAGGAUGAGCCGCUGCAUUGUAGAGGGGGCGGAGCAAAUGUCAAAUUGUAUGGAGAAGAGGUAAACUUGGACUCGAUGUGAAAAUGGACACAUAAGAGGAAUCAAGUGCACGAGAGUCAAAACAAGAAAGCAGUGCCUUUCACCUCAUGCAAAAGUGCUUUUUUUCCCCUCUGACAUCGUAUUAACUUAUUGACUGCGAUAGACGUCAACUACAUUUGAAGUGAGAGCGAAGUCUCUUUAGCGGCAGCAUUUGAGUUCAUUAAGAUCAACUGUACUUGUACCUGUACUGUACCAUUUUAUGGCAGUGUUUUUCAACCACUGUGCCGCAGUGUUGGUAUGCUGUGGAAAACCAUCCACCUUCACCUAAUUGCCCUUAAAAUGUUUUUUUUUUUUUUCUUCAAAAGGAACUCACAAAUAUGCUGUUGCCGAGUGUGCGCUGCCCAAUGGUCCAUAAUCAUGUGGGAGGCGGCAACAGGUAGCUAAAUACUAGAGGUCGACUAAUAUGGAAUUUUCAAAGGCAGAUCCUGAUACUGAUAUACAGUGACCUCCAUAAUUAUUGGCACCCCUGAUUAAGAUGUGUUUUUUAGCUUCUAAUUUUUUUUCUUUUAUUCAAAUAAUAUGGGACCUUCAUGGAAAAAAAGAGAAAAAUCCAACCUUCAAUACAAGUGCAUUUAUUCAGUGGGGAAAAAAUUCCACAUAAAGAAAAAAAUAUUUGACAUCAAAUAAUGUGUGUCACAAUUAUUAGCACCCCUGGUGUUAAUACUUUGUACAACCCCCUUUUGCCAACAAAAAAAGGUCUGGGAACUGAGAUGGCCAUGGGAGGAGCUUGAUUUUUGCGUCUGGUGAACCAUUUCUGUGUAGAAUAUGAGACGACCCCCACUUUAUCAGUCUUAUUUCAAUGCAAAAAACAGUCUUAUAUUCGGGCCAAUACGGUAGUUUUUACAUUGUUUGUCAUUUGUCAAAUGUUUUUUUCCUUUUGGGAUGAAAAAGAAUGAAGAUUUUAACACCCUACACCCCUCCCGCCAAAAGCAAAAUGUAUUUCCAAAUUAAAAUCCAUGACACAAAACAACCAUCUUUAAUUUUACAUGAUGUGCCUGCUGGCAUAUAGGUAUGUCCAGUACUACAGUGUGUUGAGUAACAAGAUGGAUUUGGGCCAUUUUUAAAAGCAUUUCAAGAUUUCAUCUGCUAUACUUUCACCUGUACAGCGGGUGUCAGUAGAUAGCUAAUAUGAACUUUGGCUGACCCAAUGUCUCACUGGUUCACGAGGCGUCAUUUUGCCAAUUGCUACCUGUCGGGAUCUGCACCGCUUACUCGCCGUGCUUUCUUCCGGCCUGAUCCGGCGGGGAGUCGGGGUGGUGUUUGGGGAAUCUGAGGACCUUGCGGACGGCGGGAGCGCGAAGCAGGAGAUUGUGACUCAAGCCCACCAAGCUAGAGAUCAACCAGUAAAGCACCAUAGACUGGACACGAAGAAACCGGUAGCACUUUGUAUUUUGUUGUUUUUUUUACGGGGUAGUUUCUCACGAACGGCAAGGAACUCACCGAAGGGACGUUGGCGGCGAUGGGAAUCAUCAGUAUAGAUAUACCUCUCAUGACGUUGCUCACCCAUUUUUGGACUGAACUCACAGUGGUCAUCUGCCGGGCGAAUAACUGAAAAUCCCGAACGGCGUCACGUGACGUCACCGGCAUGGGGCUUGCGGCAGAUGGCGACGUACCUCCACAAUGAGCAGGUUGGUUAGACCCAGAGAGAUUGGGAGGAGCCAAGUGGCGUCGGGCAACGUCAGGUCAGGGAACCACAGAGCACCCCCUGUAGCCAAGGAGGGUUGGUGCUCUGAAAGGCAAAAGUUAUUCCCCAUUAUAUUGUCCAUAGCAUAGAAAUAAUUCACUUGUCUGACUGGUAUUGAUGGGGCUUUGGACUGGGGCGGGGCCAACAGGACGCAACCCCAAAAUUGACCCCAAACCAACAAGACGCAUCACCGAACUUGACCCCAAACCAACAGGAGGCGACCCCGAAAUUGACCCAAAAACAACAGGAGGCGACCCCGAUAUUGACCCCAAAACAACAGGAGGCUACCCCCCAAUAUUGACCCCAAAACAACAGGAGGCUACCCCCCAAUAUUGACCCCAAAACAUCAGGGCGCGACCCCGAAACUGACCCCAAACCAUCGGGGCGCGAUCCCAAAACUGACCCCAAACCAUCGGGGUGCGACCCCGAAACUGACCCUGAAUCAAGAGGGCCCGACCCCGAAACUGACCCUGAAUCAAGAGGGCCCGACCCCGAAACUGACCCCGAAUGAACAGGGCGUGACCCCGAAACUGACCCCGAAUGAACAGGGCGUGACCCCGAAACUGACCCCGAAUGAACAGGGCGCGACCCCGAAACUGACCCCGAAUCAACAGGGCGCGACCCCGAAACUGACCCCGAAUCAACAGGGCGCGACCCCAAAACUGACCCCGAAUCAACAGGGCGCGACCCCAAAACUGACCCCGAAUCAACAGGGCGCGACCCCAAAUUAACGGGAAGUGACCCGAUAUACCGGGUUUGGGCUCAAUUGGGUACGACACCUCCAAUUGGGGGGGGGGGGGGUCCACCUGUCGUGCUUAUUUUCUAGAAACAGAGUGCGACUCACCCGAGGGUUGCACGCUGAGGUUUCUGAGUGCGAGCGAAAGGCUAAUCCAAAGCGGCAGCUGCACCCAGACCAGCACCGAGGCCUUGAAGGGAUGACAGUUGUCCCUCACGUACAGCUCUGACAUCAAACGCCGGAGAUUCUUGCGGAAGUGAAACCUGAACCGUCGUGCAAAGCCGUCGGAAAAAGCGUCGGGAAACGGCGGCUUUCGGGGCUGGGCCUCACCGACACUGCUUGUCCGUCCAGCCUCGCUGGGCGGCCCUCAUUGACACUUCGUACUUCAACCGCUCGGCCAGCGCCGUGAUCUCCGGUCGAAGCCCCUCUAUCUGCACGUGGGAAACGGGAGGAGCGAGAGUGACAUUUUGGGAGGACGGACAUUUUUUUCGAAAGAGAGCUAAAAGUGGUAAAUCGCCAUGUGGCAAAAUUUUGCCAUUUGGAAUUUUUUUUGUUUGUGGCAAAAUGGGUUUUACCAUGUGGCAUUUUUUUGGUAUGUGACAUAAUGGAAUUUUGGUAUGUGGCUUUUUUUUUGUGUAUGUUACAUUUUUUCAGACCAUGCACCGUCCAUGCCAUUGACGGUUAUGCACGUCCAAAUUUUCCAUUCAUUUUAAAUGGCAGAAAAAUGUGGUUGUGAUUUUUGAUGCCACAUGUCAAAACACAUUUUGCCACGUGGCAAAAUCAAUUUUACCACAUGGCCUAAAAAAAAAAAAAAAAAAAUGCCACAUGGCAAAAUCAAUUUUGCCACAUGGCCCAAAAAAAAGCCACAUGGCAAAAUCAAUUUUGCCACAUGGCCCCCCAAAAAAUGCCACAUGGCCCUAAAAAAAAUGCCACAUGGCAAAAUCAAUUUUGCCACAUGGCCCUAAAAAAAAUGCCACAUGGCAAAAUCAAUUUUGCCACAUGGCCCUAAAAAAAAUGCCACAUGGCAAAAUCAAUUUUGCCACAUGGCCCAAAAAAAAUGCCACAUGGCAAAAUCAAUUUUGCCACAUGGCCCAAAAAAAUGCCACAUGGCCCAAAAUAAUGCCACGUG